UUACACGUUAUCCAUUAUUAAUUGAAAAAAUUCUUAAACAUACAAUACUAAAUCAUCCUGGUUAUCGAUAUAUACAACAAGCAUAUGGGUGUACACGUCAAUUAAAUGAACAAAUAAAUAAACAAAUAUGUGAACAAGAAAAUAGUUUACGUUUAGAUUGGUUACAACAACAUGUUAUCUUAAAUACAGAUGAAAAUUCUACAGAUAGAUAUGUAUUUGAUGAAUUAAUAAAAUUUAAUUCAAUAUCUAGAUUUCAUAAACAACGACAAUUACUUUUACAUGGUUUUCUAAUGAAGCUAUUAUUAUUAGCUGAUAUUAUUGUUGCUAAUGAAAUACCUAAUGAUCAAUUAAGUUUUUCUAUUAUAAUGAAAAUGAAUGAAAAACCAUUGAUUUUAAAAUCUCAACACACUAAUAUUCAUACAUUAUGGGUACGAGCGAUUAAUAAUGCUCUAGAAGAAUAUCAAGUAACAGAAAAAUUAAUUUUAACCGAUAAAUCAUUGCUUACUGUCACAAAUCAUGAACAUAAUUCACAAGCUGCUGUUGCACAUCUUGUUCUCGUUGUAUUAGAAGCUCAUGAUUUAAUAUCACCAACGACAACAGUUGAACGACACCGUUCUUUAAAUCCCUAUUGUGAAAUAACUGUCGGUUCAUUAACAUUAAAAACUCCAUUUAUGAAAAGAACAAAUAAUCCAAAAUGGAAUACAUCUAUACAAUUCUCUCUAUAUGAUGUUGCUAAAGAUAUUAUACAUAUUAAUAUAUUUGAUAAUGAAUUUUUUUCACUGAAUGAAAAUAUUGGUUAUACAUCAAUACAUCUCAUAGAUAUCUUGCCAUGUUCACUUGACAUAUUUCUUACUCAACCAUUACAACCAUUUACACAAACAAUUUAUCUAAACAAUGGAGCAUCGGUAAUCAUGAAAUGUACUAUACAAUUUUUAUUAUAA